AGAGCAAUUCCCCUUGCUAAUUGCACCUCGAGCCCCGGGUCAUGGGAGUUUGGACUCGGGAGGACUUCCCUCCAGUGCGGCAGCGGCCGGCAGGCAAUAAUUAGGACACGGCACACGCUGCGCCCGUACAGCCGGCGCACCGGCACCGCACUGCCCGCCCGGUUUCCUUGCAAGAAACGCCGCUGCGCUGCGGCCUCACCCCACCUACAUCUCUCGCCUUCCGUCUCCACCAGCCAGCCACCGAGCCAAGCAACCGCCCGGCCCCGGCCCCCGCGCCUCUACCACCGUGCCCGUACGCCUCGCGCCCGCGAGCGAAUGCCGCGGGAGCUCUAGCCCUCGGCCCCCCUCGCCCGGGGGCGGCGCUCCCGACGCGAACCAACCCAUGAGGAAGCUGCCGCCGGCGCACCGGCUCCGGUGGAUGCGCGCGCUGCUCCUCGCGCUCCCGCUCCUCUCGCUCCCCAUCCUCUACGCGGCGCUCGGCGCGGCGCGCUCCUCCACGCCGGGGCGGCCGCAGCAGCAGCAGCGGAGGCCGCCGCCGAGGCUGGCGUACCUCAUCACGGGCGCCGGCCCCGGGGACGGCCCGCGGAUCCGGAGGCUGCUGCGGGCGCUCUACCACCCGUGGAACUGCUACCUUGUCGGGGUGGCCGGGGAGGACGACCGCGCGGAUCUCGAGGCCUUCGUGCGCGGCCAGGAGGCGCCGCGCCGGUACGGCAACGUGCGGGUGGCGGACGCGGGGGAGUGGGGUGCCGUCUCGCGGAGGGGGCCCACCGAGCUGGCCGCCACGCUCCACGCCGCCGCCGUGCUGCUCAGGGAGUUCGAAGGGUGGAGCUGGUUCAUCAACCUCAGCGCCUCCGAUUACCCGCUCAUGCCCCAGGAUGACAUCCUUCAUAUCUUCUCAUAUAUUCCAAGAGAUCUGAACUUUAUUGAUCACACAAGCAAUAUUGGUUGGAAAGAGUAUCAAAGGGCAAGACCAAUUAUUGUAGAUCCAGCAUUGCAGGUCCCAAAUAAAACUGAGGUUAUAACAACAAAGGAGAAAAGGAGUCUGCCAUCUGCUUUCAAAAUAUUUGUAGGUUCAUCUUGGGUUGUACUUAGCCGAUCAUUCUUGGAGUUUUGCUUAUUGGGAUGGGACAACCUUCCUCGCACAUUACUGAUGUAUUUCACCAACUUCCUCUCAUCCUCAGAAGGCUACUUCCACACAGUGAUCUGCAACUCAGAGUACUACCAGAAUACCACCAUCAACAGUGAUCUGCGUUUCAUGACGUGGGAUAACCCCCCUCGGACACACCCUGUUAACCUCACAACAGAGCAUUUCGACUCAAUGGCAAACAGUGGGGCGCCUUUUGCGCACUCCUUCACAAAUGAUAGUCCUGUCCUGGAUAUGAUUGACACCAAGCUGUUGGGCCGAGCACCUGACCGCUUCACCCCGGGUGGAUGGUGCUUGGGUGGCUCGAUAGGCGGGAAAGAUCCAUGUACCUUCUUCGGAAGGUCCUUUGUUCUCAGGCCGACCAAAGGCUCGGCCAAGUUAGAGAAGUUGUUGUUGAAACUUUUGGAACCUGAUAACUUCAGGCCUAAACAGUGUAAAUAACAUUCAUUUUACAUGUUAGCCAGUUUUUAUAGUUUUCCUUUUGGUAGUGUUCAGAGGCCAGAAGUGUUGAUGGCAUCGUUCUGACUGUCGCGGCAGUAGGCAUACAGGUGCGUCGUGUGUUGUUGUAUACCUGCAACUGGAAAGCUCAACGCAAAAGUGAUUGAGAUCAUACAUGUACUCUUGCUGUUUCAUCUCUUC